CGCAGAGCCUAGCAUGCACCAAACCACCCCACGGCCAGCCUCGAUAUCUCAAUACUCGAAAUUUCCCUGACCGCAUCACGAACUCCAGGUUUUAGUAUUCAACGUCAGGGGCACCUUCCGACCGCAGCAAUGGCCAAGUCAAAGAACUCCUCGCAGCACAACCAGUCGCGCAAGGCGCACCGCAACGGUAUCAAGAAGCCCAAGACGUCGAGAUACCCCUCCCUUAAGGGUACCGACCCCAAGUUCCGCCGUAACCAUCGUCACGCUCUGCACGGCACCAUGAAGGCCCUGAAGGAGCUGAAGGAGGGCAAGCGCGAGACGGCAUAAACGAGAAAUUGGACGCAUGGUUAUUGGUCUCUUAUACAGCACGGCUGCGAUGCAUUGGGGCACUAGGGAAUCAAAUGGAACUGGCAAUUAGGUUGAAAGAGCCAGCAAACGAAUCAACCACGGUUUAACCCUCUCGGAAUCACUGCCAAGCCACGAAAGUCGGGCACAUGUCGCUUUGAGGUCCACACGAAGACGCCCGACAAGAGAAAAAGACGACCCUGCCAGGGUCUUGGCAACGGGAUGAUGGAUGCAGCGAGGCUCUACUCUGCGUCCAUCAGCCAUGUCCCACUGGGUGAACUCUGAUGUGCGAUAUCAGGCUAGUUGGAGGAUCUUUACAAGGUAGAUGAAAAUACUGCGCCAGCCUCCUACAGUUGCCCAACGUCGAGUUUGGCCACUGAUUAACGGAUA